AUGAAGACCAUUCUCUCUUCAGAAAGCAUGGAUAUCCCUGACGGGGUUAAGAUCAAAAUCAACGCCCGAAUUAUAGAAGUCGAAGGGCCAAGAGGCAAGUUGACCAGAAACUUCAAGCAUUUGAAUCUUGAUUUCCAGUUGAUCAAAGACGAGGAAGGGAAGAGAAAGCUGAAGAUCGAUGGUUGGUUCGGAUCAAGAAAGACCAGUGCUGCUAUCAGGACUGCCCUUAGCCAUGUGGGUAACUUGAUUACUGGGGUUACCAAGGGGUACAGAUACAAGAUGAGGUUUGUGUAUGCUCACUUUCCCAUCAAUGCCUCCAUCACUAGCAGCAAUACUGCCAUCGAGAUCAGGAACUUUCUUGGGGAGAAGAAGGUGAGAAAGGUUGACAUGUUGGAAGGUGUGUCGAUUCUCCGAUCUGAAAAGGUCAAGGAUGAACUCAUCUUAGAUGGAAACGACAUUGAACUUGUCUCUCGGUCUGCCGCUUUGAUCAAUCAGAAAUGUCACGUGAAGAACAAGGAUAUCCGGAAAUUUCUUGAUGGAAUUUAUGUGAGUGAGAAGGGAACUGUGGUUGAGGAACAUCAGUGA